CUCCCCAUGACAUCAGUGCUUUGCAGCCAUACCACCAAAGAAAGGAUGCUUUUAAAAUCUUUGGGACUGGGCUAAAUGAUGUUGAAUUGCAGGUAAGCAACAUUAAUUCUUCAACAGAUUAGCGUGCUUGUGUGCUGCCAUCCUGGAGCUCCGGCUCAGCUAGGCAGAGUUCCUGCUAGAAAAGAAAGCAGAACAGAUUCUUUACGAGCAGAGGGCUUGCAAGUGCAGAGGCUGCUUGCUGCUGUGUGCUGCUCUUCCAGCUGACAUCUCCAGCAGAAAGGCUGCCAGCUGGAGCCUUAAAGCUGAGGAAGGCCCUUUGUCCCUGCGUUUCGAUAUGGCUCCUUCGUGUGUCUGCUGAGCUUUAUUUUGCGGGAGCAGCCAUCAUCAUGCAGCCGUGCGGAGAGAGGAGGGAGCAGCAGUACUGUUUUCAUUGCAUUGCCAGUCCUGUGGCUUAUUGCUGUGGGCUUUUUCUCAUUCUAAAGGCUGCCUAAAGGAAGUUGUUGUAGAGAGAGAUGCAUCUGAGCUUAAAAAGGAAUGAGGAUUAACUUGCUUAAGGGGUUAGCAGAUGUAUUUGGGGAAAGAGGCUUUUCCUUCAUUAAUUUUUGCUGACGUGGUUUGCAAGUACCCAGUCUGACAGGUUUUUUGCAUGAUCUGCUGUAGUUUAGGAUAGGUAUCGUUUGUCAUCCAACAUCAACGUGGAAAAUAGUAUUCCAGAAGGGACAUCGGGGAUGACAGGCAGAUUUUCAGCUCUUACACAAGCUGCUCUAAAGGCUGAAAUAUCCCCACUGAACGGCUGUUUCGGACAGUGGUAUUUCUGUGGCAAAGUCCAGAACCUGUUUUCUUUUCCUACAGUGGUGCACUCUAUACGAAUACAUGAGGACACAAAUUUGUAGAGCGUGGCUUUUGUGGCCUUUUAAAAAAAAAUUCUGAAUGUAUCUUUAAAUAUAUGUUGGCUUUUUAUUUGCAUUGCAUUAUUAUUGUCCUUAAUAUAAACGGUAGAAUGAUAGAAGCAGGAAGCUGAAUUCAUGUUUGAGGUCAUAUUAGUCAGAGAAGUGAAAAUGUGCUUGUUUAUUUUUGCAUUAAGAAUUCUGAUGAAUAAAUGUGCGCUCCUGAAAGAGAAUGGAGGAUGACUCAGCUGCAGCUCCAUAGGGCAGGCAGGCAGGUGUUAUGUCAGUCACAGCGUGCGGAAUGUUCUCUUAUUGCUGAAAACCCUCCUCUCUGUUCAAGUAUUUUGUUCUUUCCCAUCGCUGAGAAACACAGAAGUGUGGCGUGGCUCUGCUCACAGCCAAACACCUGAGGAGAUUUUGCAUCUCUGGUGUUGGUGUGUAGGCUGCACAUCCUGGAGAGAGGUACAUUCCGGUCUCGGGUAAUGAGACCCUAAUAUGGUUAAUGCAGGAGAAAUGAAUGGUUCUGGCAACCUGAUGGAUUUUCUGGAUGAGCCUUUUCCUGAUGUUGGGACUUACGAAGAUUUCCACACUAUUGACUGGCUGCGAGAGAAAUCCCGUGACACUGACCGCCAUAGGAAGAUUACAAGCAAAAGUAAGGAAUCCAUAUGGGAAUUCAUCAAGAGUUUGCUGGAUGCCUGGUCAGGAUGGGUUGUAAUGCUUCUCAUAGGACUACUGGCAGGCACAUUAGCCGGAGUGAUAGAUUUAGCUGUGGAUUGGAUGACAGACCUGAAGGAAGGUGUCUGCCUGUCUGCAUUCUGGUACAGCCACGAGCAGUGCUGCUGGACGUCUAAUGAAACGACCUUUGAUGACAGAGACAAAUGUCCUCAGUGGCAGAAAUGGUCUGAACUUCUUGUAAACCAGUCAGAGGGUGCGAGUGCUUACAUUCUAAACUAUUUUCUGUACAUUCUAUGGGCUCUAUGUUUUGCUUUCCUGGCGGUCUCCCUGGUCAGGGUGUUUGCUCCCUAUGCCUGUGGCUCUGGAAUCCCAGAGAUAAAAACCAUCUUGAGUGGGUUCAUUAUUAGGGGCUACCUGGGAAAGUGGACACUUUUGAUUAAAACAGUCACCUUGGUUCUGGUGGUAUCUUCAGGCCUCAGCCUUGGGAAAGAAGGGCCCUUAGUCCAUGUGGCCUGUUGCUGUGGAAACUUCUUCAGCAGUCUUUUCUCAAAGUACAGCAAGAAUGAAGGAAAGAGAAGAGAGGUUCUUUCAGCUGCGGCAGCUGCAGGAGUUUCUGUUGCCUUUGGGGCUCCAAUUGGAGGUGUACUUUUUAGCCUGGAAGAGGUCAGCUAUUACUUUCCCCUGAAAACCCUCUGGAGGUCAUUUUUUGCUGCUCUUGUGGCUGCCUUCACACUGAGGUCCAUCAAUCCUUUUGGAAAUAGCCGAUUGGUCCUUUUCUACGUGGAGUACCAUACCCCCUGGUACAUGGCUGAGCUCUUCCCCUUCAUUCUUCUUGGCGUCUUUGGUGGCCUCUGGGGGACCCUCUUUAUCCGCUGCAACAUUGCCUGGUGCAGGAGGCGAAAAACCACCAGGCUCGGGAAAUACCCGGUCCUGGAAGUUAUUGUGAUAACAGCUAUCACUGCCAUCAUCGCCUACCCCAACCCGUACACCCGGAGGAGCACCAGUGAGCUGAUCUCAGAGCUCUUCAAUGACUGUGGUGCUCUGGAGUCCUCCCAGCUCUGCGACUACAUCAAUGACCCAAACAUGACCCGGCCAGUGGAUGACAUUCCUGACAGACCUGCUGGCCCUGGAGUCUACACUGCCAUGUGGCAGCUCGCCUUGGCUUUGGUGUUUAAAAUUGUCAUCACAAUAUUCACUUUCGGCAUGAAGAUUCCUUCAGGCCUUUUCAUUCCCAGUAUGGCUGUUGGAGCCAUGGCUGGCAGGAUGGUUGGAAUUGGAGUAGAGCAGCUGGCCUAUCACCAUCAUGAUUGGAUCAUCUUCAGGAACUGGUGCAGACCUGGGGCAGACUGCGUCACCCCAGGACUUUAUGCUAUGGUGGGAGCGGCAGCUUGCUUGGGUGGUGUUACUCGAAUGACGGUCUCUUUGGUGGUGAUAAUGUUUGAGCUGACUGGAGGCCUGGAGUAUAUUGUACCUCUUAUGGCUGCAGCUGUCACAAGCAAGUGGGUGGCAGAUGCCUUUGGGAAAGAAGGGAUCUAUGAAGCUCACAUUCAUCUGAACGGUUACCCGUUUCUAGAUGUGAAGGAUGAAUUCACCCACCGAACUCUGGCAACAGACGUCAUGAGACCAAGGCGUGGUGAAGCUCCUCUUUCUGUUCUGACACAGGACAGCAUGACUGUGGAGGAUGUUGAGACAUUGAUCAAGGAGACUGACUACAAUGGCUUCCCAGUUGUGGUCUCAAAAGACUCGGAGCGACUUAUUGGAUUUGCGCAAAGACGAGAGCUCAUUCUUGCAAUAAAGAAUGCAAGACAGCGUCAAGAUGGGGUGGUGAGCAACUCCAUUGUGUAUUUCACUGAAGAUCCUCCAGAACUGCCACCCAAUAGUCCCCAUCCUCUGAAGCUGCGGCGUAUUCUCAACCUGAGCCCUUUCACUGUCACCGACCACACACCAAUGGAGACUGUGGUAGAUAUAUUCCGGAAACUUGGACUCCGACAGUGUCUUGUCACUCGCAGUGGGAGGCUGCUGGGCAUCAUAACUAAAAAGGAUGUAUUACGACAUAUGGCUCAGAUGGCAAACCAGGACCCUGAAUCUAUCAUGUUUAACUAGACUGUUAAAGGAAUAAGAAAGUAAUCCCAAAGGAAUCCCUUCUAGAUUAACACAGAGGUGUUCAGUGUUUCUUUUUAUUUCAAGGGAAAAUGUAAUGUGUAUGAGGUAUGGUCUAAUACGUCUCUGACAGAGGGUGUGGAUGCAGGAUGGCACUUAUUUAAUGAGGAAGGCAGUUUAGAAGCUCUGAGCAGCUGCAGACAUCAAGCUGUGUUUUCUUAAUGAGUUUCCUAACAGCUCAAUUGGUGCAUUGGUGGGUGUAAGUGAUGUGGCGCUGAGAGACAAAGAGCCAGGAGCACCAAAGGGAUGCAACAACAUUCACAGGAACUCAGGAGGCAGGUGUGAAGACUAGCAGACACUGUUUUUUGUAUAAACUGUUAACAAAGAUUUGUGUUCCAAACUAGAGAGUGUAUGAGCAACGUCAGAUGUUUUUAUUACUGAAACCAUGGCUAUUUAUUUGCUAUUGAUUUAUACCAUUUUCAUGAGGAAAGUCAUAUUUUAAAGUCAAAGAUUUUGUCACCUUCAAUUAUUUUUGUAAAACUUAAGUAAAUUCAGGACUGAAAUUAAAGGAGCAAGAGCACAUUUCAAUUCACUUUAAAAUAUAGUGGCUGCUGCUCCCUGCUUUAGUCUGUUGAAUUUUACAAUUUACAUAUCUAUACAGUUUAUAAGUAUACAGUUCAAUAUUUCAGUCAAUCAGCUUUUCUUUAUUAAUGUUGAAACGUGACUUAUUUCUAAGGAGCAUGAGGAAAAACUUCUUUACUGUGAGGGUGUUGGAGCACUGGCACAGCUUGCCCAGAAAGGCUGUGAAGUCUCCUUUCUUUGGAGAUAUUCAAAACCCACCCGGAUGUGAUCUUGUGCAGUGUUCUUGAGCAGGGGGAUUGGAAUAGGAGAUCUUUAAAGGUCCCUCCCAACCUCAGCCAUUGUGUGUGUGUGAUUUCCUAUUUCUCUAUGCAAUUUUGCAUACAGAUACUGUAAUACUUAGUAUUGCGUGGUUUGCUGUGACAAUAGAAAAUAGCAUGAAAGCCCGUGAAGGAAUUUUAAAAGGCACAAAAGGGAGAAUGGUAUCCAGCUCUCAUCAGUGCUGGUGACAAUAGAUUGAAUACUUCACCUGUCACUCCCUGGGUAAAGAGAAAUUGUCAUUUUUCACAGGAAUUUGAAGUUCUGCAUUGAUUCCUGAUUCUCCACUUAGUUCCCUUCCUUCACUGGCUUUUCUUGACGCUUGUCUGCACCUGCCAAGAGAUUGCUUAAGUUAAUUUAACAACCACAGACGUCUAUUCUGUAGCAUAUUUGUUCUUUUUGCUGUAUCUGUUGGUCACAGGACUGCAGAAUCCCUCCCCACUGCACUGUGAAAGGGAUAAGGGACCAAAUGGACUGAGGAUGCAGUCAACAAUAGAAAACCUUUUAUUAUUUAUCUGUUUGUAGCAAGAAAACAUGAUUUAACACCCUCACAUAGAGACCUCCAAACCACUCAGGUAAAAAUGUUACAUUUUCUCUGGUCCUGUAUGAGAUACAUGGAGUCAACAUUUUCUGUGUUAAUACACUAGCACUUUAGUCAUUACUGAUUUCAGUAAUACGUGACCAAAUUCUACUCUCAGCAACACCUAAGCCACACUGCCCAGUGUUUUGUUAAAGAUAAUGACUGGAUGAUAAUUUAGAUGUUCUGAAUCUCCAUCAGGAGGACCUUCUGACCACCUGAGACUCUGAACUAUUCAUUCAGGCAGCUAAAACCUCUACUACUUUUGCUCAAAUUUAUACAGAUAACAAAAGUUCAGGGACACAGAGGAGAAGAAUAUGCCAGAAGAAUCAGACAUAAGCCAUACUACUGAGCUAACUUGAAGGCAUGAUCAUUGUGUUCCUGAACUGAGACAACUAACCAGGUGCACCCUAAGUUAGAUGCCCAAAGGUCCAAAUUCCUACUCUUAUCUACAUUGGCCCUGCUUCCUUCUGGCAGGUGUCCGACUGCAUUCAAAGUAUGGCCCAAAUUGUUUAAGAAAAAGAAAGGGAUAGUUUUAAUUUGCUAAGUACAGCGUUUAACAAUAGUGUUUGCAACAGACUGACAUAAAUACAUGUAGGUCUGGCCAAAUCCCAUAAAUAGUAAAGUGUGUAUUUGUUUUUGUUAACUAAACAUCUGCAGCAUGAUGUAUUAUUAAAGGCAUAUUGUUAAACAUAAACCAUAGGAGUGAGUAACCCUUCUGAAAAUAGGAAAUGCAAGAUAAUGUUGUUGUUUCUUUUGUUUUUCUAUGAAGCAAUCAUCAAUGAAACUCAUGAAAAAGCAACCAAGUCAACCACAAAUCUCAUGAAAAGUGGAUUCCAUCAUCUGAAGAGGGAUUUUAAAAUUCAUUUUAAAAAUCAGUGAUUUCCCCAAACUAAACCCAAAAGGGGUUUUGUACAGAUGUCAGGUACUGCUCCAAAUUGCUAGAAUCUAACUAGACUAACUUCUGGGGGCAGUUUUUUUCUGAAAUUAAAACUGAAAGACUGUGUUUUACUUUCCACUUUUAUGGCUCCUAACAUUAACAUAUGCUUGAUGAACACUUCCUUCAUCUUCUUUUAUGUUUAUAUGGGAAGUAAGCGCGCAGGCUCUCCCCACUUGAACACUUCUGAUUACCUCUUUUGCUCAUAAGACAAGAGAAAUAAGUUCAUUUAUUUACUAUUUGAAAUCAAACUCUCUGCUUCACACAUGUCAAGGGAAAAAAAAGGAGGUCUUAAAGAUUUCUGUGUUAGCCAGGCAAAUUUCAGGCCCCAUUAGAAUUUAUUCCAUGGCAGAGCUAACUCUGAAGAGCAUUCACUAGUGAGAAUUUACUAAGAAAGAAGAUGGUACAUCAAUGCUGAAAAAAAUGUUGUUUCUUGAGAGAGAGAUUUUGAGUCAGGUGAGAUUAAACUGGUCAUGAAUACAAACCCAAGUCUAUCUGUUUAAACUCAGUUCAUGGCUAUGCAGAGGCCAAUUCUCCAUGACACCCAGAGGCCUGAUCCACUAAAAUGAACAGCCCUGUGAUGUUUUCUCAGCUCAUCUUACUGGGUUGUGUAUGAGUAGCCUUAAGGGUUUAAGAACAAGAUCCAUAAAACUGUCAUGAUGGUUUGUAAGAAACAACAACGGAAAGAACUGUGGCUUUGACUCUAGGACUACCACCCAAACAGAAGACAGGGAAAUGGGGGUUCUGAUCUUUUUAAACAAACAUACUCCUCUUUAGAGCAGGGACUAAAAUCUAGUCACCAGAAACAGCAUAGCAAUAGCUAACUUCAGCUGCUUGCUACUGUCAAGGCUGAGUUAAGGCUAGAAAGGCAAGAAGGCUUUGAAACAGGACAGGCUUUGCUCAUCAGAAGACUUCCAGAUAUGGUAUUUGGCUGUACCUCCUGUUGAAGUUUCUCCACUAUACAGUUUUCAUUGCUCAUAUAAAUUGAAUGGCUGAAUGGGGAACAUUCUUAAUAGAAAUUAAUUACAUGGUUUUCUCAAAAAGAAAAAAAAAAGAAAAAAGAAAAAGAAAAGGAAAAAGCAGUUCUAAUGUAAUAAUCUUAGGUAAUUGCCCAUAACAAGCCCACUAUUAUUCACCAUUUUCCAUCUAUAUUCCCAAAUGUGUCUCAGAAGUCACUGAAUAGACUCCAAGAGGUAUAGACCACAGCCUUAAGUAUUUGAAUUGAUACAAUCCAAAAUAAUAGUCACAUAGCCUGAUGAAUCUGAAACUCAUAUAUAUUAGUAUACAGUGCUUUGUUUCUGCAGCCUGUGAAAUCCUCACGUUCAAACAGUUGGACUUUGAUAAUGGCAAACUAAAAAAGAGAGCAAAAACCUUUGAAUGAUGCAAAUUCAGUGUUGUACCUUUGUUUUGCAUGAACUGUGUUCAGUUAUAUUAAGCUUCUGAUGUGUAUGUGAAGCAACCUGUACCAGAAAGUUUAUUAUUGAAAUGCAGGACAUGGAUGGCUUUAGCCAUAUCGUUUGGCUGUCACAGUGACACUAAUUAUUAAUUCUUAUGCUUUGAUGAAGCAGAAAAAGAAUGUCUAAGAAUUACAGGAGACCCAUUGAUUCCGUGUUGGAAUGACAAUAGAGUUAUGAAUAUUGUUUUGUUGUUGUAUUUUUUUUUAAAUCAUGGUAGAAAACAGUACAUAUGUUGCACCUUAUCAAAAACAAUGUUUGGAAUCUAUUUUUUAAAUAAAACUGAUGACUUACAGGACUGGGAA